AGGCGGAGUCUCAGCAGUCCUGGCAGGGCCGCCAUUUUUGCAAAGGGAAAAGAGACUGGUUUGAGGGGAUCUAAUUUCUAAAAAGUCGCCGUUGACUGGGGCUCAGUUUUAUCGGUUACGAAUUAUUUAAUUCUCACGUGCGCGUAUAACGAAAUUAACGCUUUUCCCGUUAAUCUCGAGAGAACGCGAUUAUUACCAACAUUUAAAGCUUGGCUGGGAAUCCGCAGUGUGUGUGGACUGAAGUAUUGUUUUGGUUGUGGAAGAUGCGACUGGGGUCUUACCCAGGUCCCCUAUUCGCUAUUUAAAUCUUCCAGAGUGGACUUGAAACGGCCUUGUGGAUGCACUUAGAUGUCUGCAAUGACUGCUGUGGCUGGCAUGCCUCAGUGUUUUGGACUCCCUUUCUCUGGACUCAGUAGGACAAGAACUGAUCAGCAGAGAACGUCAUGAGCAUAGUCAUCCCAGUAGGGGUGGACACAGCAGACACCUCGUACCUGGACAUGGCUGCAGGCUCAGAACCAGAAUCGGUGGAGGCCAGCCCUGUGGUAGUGGAAAAGUCCAGCUACCCCCACCAGAUUUACAGCAGCAGUUCUCACCAUUCCCACAGUUACAUUGGCCUGCCUUAUGCUGACCAUAAUUAUGGGGCGCGACCCCCACCUACGCCGCCGGCCUCCCCUCCACCCUCCAUGCUGAUCCGACAAGGAGAGGGGGGACUGUUUGUUUCAGGGGGACAGGAUGAAGCAUCCAGGGGCACCACCCUCAGCACCUCAGAAGAUGGCAGCUACGGGGCUGACAUCACUCGCUGCAUCUGUGGCUUCACCCACGAUGAUGGCUACAUGAUCUGUUGUGACAAGUGCAGUGCCUGGCAGCACAUAGACUGCAUGGGCAUUGACAGGCAGAACAUUCCUGAAACCUACCUGUGUGAACGGUGCCAACCACGACAUCUGGAUAGAGAGAGAGCCAUCCUGCUUCAGACCAGGAAAAGAGAGUGCCUAUCCGAUGGGGACACCAGUGCUACAGAGAGUGGAGAUGAGGUUCCGUUAGAGCUCUACUCCACCUUCCAACACACGCCUACCACCAUCACCCUGACUACUGGGCGCCUUGGCAAUAAGCAGGCUGACAAGAAGCGCAAAAAAAGUGGCGAUAAAGAACCGCCAGCAUCCUCUGCCCGUGCAAAAAAGGCCUUCAGAGAGGGAUCCAGAAAGUCCUCAAGAGUGAAGGGUGCAGCUCCGGAGCAGGAGCCAGCAGAGCACCCGUCUCUGUGGGAGAAUAAAAUCAAGACGUGGAUGGAGCGUUACGAGGAGGCCAGCAGCAAUCAGUACAGCGAAGACGUUCAGGUCCUGUUGCGUGUUAAAGAGCAAGGCGACGGCAAGAGCCUGGCGUACAACACACACCCAGCUUCUUUUAAACCUCCAGUGGAGAGUCAAGUUCAAAAGAACAAGAAAAUCCUCAAGGCGGUGCGAGACUUGGCCCCAGACUCCCUCAUCAUCGAAUACAGGGGAAAGUUUAUGCUUCGACAGCAGUUCGAGGCCAACGGAUACUUUUUCAAGAGGCCGUACCCAUUUGUGUUAUUCUACUCGAAAUUUGACGGAGUGGAGAUGUGCGUAGAUGCUCGCAGCUUUGGCAACGAAGCGCGUUUCAUCCGUCGCUCUUGCACCCCAAAUUCUGAAGUUCGGCACGUUAUUGAGGAUGGAAUGCUACAUUUAUACAUUUACUCACUGCGGCCCAUCCCCAAAGGCACAGAGAUCACAAUUGGUUUUGAUUUCGACUAUGGCAACUGUAAAUACAAAGUAGACUGUGCGUGCGUGAAGGGGAACCAGGAAUGCCCGGUGCUGAAGCACAACCAAGAGCCCACUGAGAACCUGAGCUCCGGAGUCAGACGCAGAGGGAGCCGCAAAGACUCGGUUCGGGAUGACCCGGCCCAGAACCAGAACUUGGCUUUGGACGGAGAGGGGAAGGGCAAAAGCUUAGGAGACGGCAAACAGAGGAAACUCUCGCCGCUUCGCCUCUCCAUCUCAAACAACCAGGAUCCUGAGUUAUUUGAGGAUCUAGAAGACAAAACCUCCAUUAGCAAUGAAGUAGAGAUGGAGUCAGAGGAGCAGAUUGCAGAGAGGAGGAGGAAGAUGACACGAGAGGAGAGGAAGAUGGAGGCCAUCCUUCAAGCGUUCGCYCGAAUGGAGAAGAGAGAGAAGCGCAGGGAGCAGGCCCUGGAGCGGAUCGGCACGAAGACAGAAGUGGGAGCCCGCAGCGACAUAAAAGAGGAACCUCCCUCCACGCCGGAAACAGCAGAUUCUCCRGCUGUCAUGCAGCCACCGCUUGAAAUAAAGGAGGAGCCGGGCCUGAAGCCAGCCAAGGUGAAGCCGUCACGGAACAGGAAGAGUUUCUCAAGAAGCCGGACUCACAUCGGCCAGCAGCGGCGGCGAGCACGCACCAUCAGCACCUGUUCCGACCUGACUCCCAGCUCUCCGGCUGAACCCGUGGAGCCUCUGAGCAGUGAAGCACCCGAAGGAGAGAGCCCUUUAGCGCCAGAGCCAGACACCCUCGUGUCACACGUCCCGGACAGCAGCCCCCCACACAGCAGCUCGCCGGCUCCUGACAGGAACCGCCCGGGGAGCAAGAACUUCAAAACAAAAAAGAUUGUCGUGAGUGAGUGGGUGGGAGAGAAGCAGCAGGACCGGGGCGCGGUACGGACCCCCGAACCAGCCCCCGAGAGGCCGCUGAGAAUAAGCAGCGACCCCGAAGUGCUCGCCACUCAGCUGAACGCCUUACCAGGCAUGACCUGCUCCCCGCAGGUUUACAGCACGCCCAAACACUACGUCCGCUUCUCGUCCCCCUUCCUGGCCAACCGCAGCCCCACCACUCCCGGAGUCCCCACCGGGAGGCGGCGCUCUCGAGAGCUGCCGGAGACGCCGCCGACAACCGGCUCCUGCAAGAAGCGAUGGUUGAAGCAGGCCUUAGAGGAGGAGGGGUCCACCAGUCCAGCCAGACGCUCCAGCAUCCUGAUGUCCAGUGACGGCCCCCUCAGCCCCUCCAUUAACGGUGACUCAGACAGUCCUGUACUCUACAACGGCACUUGUUCCAUACCAGAGUUGCCCACCCCUUUGAAAAAGCGCAGAUUGAGCCCCUUAGACGCCUGCAUAUCUGAGAGCUCGACGCCCUACGGUUCCCCCUGUGCCACGCCCACCCGGGUGGAUCAGUCCGAGGCGCCCGGAACGCCCGCCUUACUGACCACCCCGCCUCGGCCCCGAACAGAGGAGCCGAGUACAGAGCCCCUGCCCAGCACCCCAACAAACACACUUAGUGCACCUCAGGAGAAUGAAUCUUCAGAAGAAAAUUCACCAGAGGUCAUCCGGAAACCAUGUUUGCAAGAGGCCGAUCRUCCUCCUUCGUUGGUUUCCUCUCCCUGCAUCAGAGCUCCCGCUGCAGACGUACUCUCUACAGAAGUCAAAGUCCCUGUUUCAGAGAGUCCACAGCUUCCAGCUCCAGACUUGGUGGACCCCGAGGAGGACCGAACAGAUGGCGGGGUCAUAGAAAGUCCAAGCGAGGCGUCUUUAAAUACAGAAACGUGUGCUUCCUCUUACUCCGGGUGGAUCAAAAGCCCGGACAGAGGCCCGACUGGACCAGCUGGCCUGAACUUUUCUCCAGUCAACUCAAACUUAAGGGACCUCACCCCCUCCCACACCCUGGAGCCCCUGGCAGCUCCCUUUAGGCCCGAGCCCUCAGCAGGGCCCUCCACAGGAACGGGGUCACUGGCUGGCUCACAGCCUCCGUUCGGCGACACCCAGGGGCCGAUCUUCUACCCCUGCUCUGACGAGGGGCCCGUGCUGGCCRUGUCACGCUCGCUGAACGGGGACGGCAGCGGGGAUGGGGGGUCGGCACAGAACCCUCCACAAAAGAAAAAGGUUUCCCUGCUGGAGUAUCGCAAGCGACAGCGAGAAGCUCGCCGCAGUGGCUCCAAGACCGAGUGCAGCUCCCCCGUUUCCACCGUGCCGCCUUUGACCGUGGACGUCUUCCCCGUGACUCUAGAACCGCCCAGCGAGCCCCCUGUACCCCCUGUACCCCCUGCUCCCCCAGCUCCCRUCAACACCCCGGUGAAGGAGCCUCAGACGAGCGAGGAGAGGGAGGGAGUCGGAGAGAAGGAGGGAGGAGAUGGGCAGUGGACGUCGUCAACUUCUGUAGAACAGGCGAGGGAGCGCGGGUAUCACAGAGCUCUGCUGCUCAGCAAAGACAAAGACACAGAUGGUGAGACGGAAGGAGAGACGACUGCAGUGAGAGAGUGUGCAUCGCCAAGUCUCCAGAAAACCCCCACCCACACACCCUGCUCUCCUGGUGGCCCUGCUCAGCCUUCCAGUCGACCGGUGGUGGAAGACGACAGCGACGGUCAAGCUUGGGUGGCAAACUCGAUCAACAAGCACCCAGGACCCAAACCUGCCCCCGUUACCCCCACAAAGUUGCACCCCACCCCGCUGCCCUCCUCUCCUGUCCAUUACCCAGGCCCCUCCCUCCUCCACUCCCCCAAACCUCAGCCUCAGGGGUCGCCCUACCGCAGCCAGAGGGCGCUGUUCUCAACCCCACCUCAAACCCAGCCUCAGGCUCAGCCGGGCCCCGCCCCCUUCCCCCAGUACACGGCCCAGAGCGCGCCCCCACCGCCUCCAACACCCCGCUGCAGCCCCACCACUAUCAGAACUUAGGGGGGUUUCAGCCAGCGUUGAUGCACCCGGGCGCCACGGCGGGCGCUUCAGUACCCCCAUCCACGUACCCCGCGAACCUUCAGCAGUCCGGACUGCCUCCUCCUCCCCCGCCUCCACCSCAACAGACUCAACAAGGCCAGGCACAGGCCGCCGCCCCCCAGAUGCCUUCUGGGACUCGUGGAGCUCCCGCGUCCUCGACCCCAUUCCACAGCUCGGGGUACCUGAGCACCGGGUGGCACUGACACCCCCCCUCAUAUUCAGCCCUUAAGAACUCUACCCGAGAGGGGCGUGUACCAUAAGCUGUAGAUACGUUUUCUAUGUACCUGAACACGUGGCCAGUGGAAAAAAACAGCUGAUUGUGGGAUAAAAGGGUACUUUAAAGAAAAWAAGAAAAACAAGGACAGGAAAUUUUCAGGAAAAAAACAGACGGUGAAAUUAAAAAAAAUCUUCAAGACAAACUGUUGGAAAUGAAGAUGGACAAUCCUCCCCUGGUGCUCAUAAUCCUCUCUGGCCUCCAUUUGUUUUGUUUUUAUAAGAUGGAGAGGAAAUCGGUUCUGUCUUGUUUGGAAUCCCAUUUUAAAGGCCCCACACCUUGUUUAUAAAUGGACAUUCCAGCCUCUUUAUCUCCCUCUUUUUUUUUUUUAAACCAGUUAUUCAUUAUACUUCCUCUUGUCAGCUCCUGUACACAGUUAACGUUUUAUUCUAGUGGCUCAUUAUAGCAAAGAGAAAGCUUUUUGUAUAGAAAAAAAAACAUAAUUAUUUUUUUUAAUCCUCUGUCUAACAACAAAAAAGAUCUGUUCACUGCUGCAGAUUCAGGAAAGAUCCAUUUCGAGGUGCCCGCCUCUCUGCCUCAGGAGGGUGUGUGUGUGUGUGUGUGAGAGAGAGAGAGAGCAUGCGUGUGUGUUACGAGUGUUUGUAGUCUUCUGAGGCAGACGGACCGGACUCACCUAUAAGUAGGAUAUUAGCGGUUUAUUUUUGAAUAUCAAUGGUUAUUUGUAGAAAGUGUAAUUUAAUGUAUAKCUGGUUACUUCAGCUUUCACCAGAAACAGGUUGUAAAUAUUUGCUUCUUUUCUUUUUUUUUUUUUCUACGCUUGUACAAUUCGCUSCCAUCCCAUUUUGAAAUAUGGUUGUAAAUACGAACGCUCUUCUCGGCAAAGCUGAAUGUUUCUGUGACUGUAGCAUUAUUUUUAUUUUGUUACCGCCCCCUCCUCCUCCUCUUCCUCCUCCCCCCCAUUGACUCUUCAACUUUUGUCUUUUUUUAUUUGUGUGUGUGUGAGUGUAUGUUUGUGUGGAGGAGAGAGACUCACAGACACUGCACUGGUUGGCUAUUUUCAUGGUUCAUUAUAAUAAAAUCACUGUAAUGACAGUUUUA